AUGUUAUUGUACAAAUUUUUUGGUGAAGAGAAGCUUGGAGACAACGUGAACCAAGUUAAACUCCAAGAGCCACUGUUAUUCAACCUUCAGGCGCUGGCAAGUGCAACAAACAACUUCCAUCAAUCAAACAAGCUUGGACAGGGUGGGUUUGGUCCCGUAUAUAGGGGAAAAUUGUCAAAUGGACAAGAAAUUGCAGUAAAAAAACUUUCAAGAGCCUCUGGACAAGGGCAAGAAGAAUUUAUGAAUGAGGUGGUAGUGAUAUCUAAACUCCAGCACCGAAAUCUCGUUAGACUCCUUGGCAACUGUGUUGAAGGGGGAGAAAAGAUGUUGGUUUACGAAUACUUGCCAAACAAAAGUUUGGACGCAUUUCUCUUUGAUCUAGUCAAAUCAAAACUGCUAGAUUGGAGAAGACGCUUCAACAUUAUCGAGGGAAUCUGUCGAGGUCUAUUGUACCUUCAUAGGGAUUCCAGAUUAAAGAUUAUCCAUAGAGACCUAAAAGCGAGUAAUAUCUUGUUGGAUGAAGAGCUUAAUCCAAAAAUAUCAGAUUUUGGUUUGGCUAGGAUUUUUGGGGACAAUGGAGAUCAAGCCAAUACUAUAAGGGUCGUUGGAACAUACGGGUACAUGUCCCCUGAAUAUGCAAUGAAAGGGCGAUUUUCAGAGAAAUCGGAUGUCUUUAGCUUUGGAGUGUUGUUACUUGAGAUUGUUAGUGGAAGAAGAAAUUCUUGCUUUUAUGAUGAUGAGGACGACAUGAGCCUUCUAGGAUUUAUAAGUCUUCCUUAUAUCGCAUGGAAAAUGUGGAAUGCAAACAACAUUGUGGCAUUAACUGACCCAAUCAUAUGUGAACCAUGCUUUGAAAUGGAAAUUUUGAGAUGCAUACAUGUAGGGCUGUUGUGUGUGCAAGAUUUUGCUAAUGAUAGGCCAAGUGUAUCCAUUGUUAUUUCCAUGCUUAAAAGUGAGAUUAUCGAUCUGCCUCUUCCAAAGCAACCUGCAUACACCGAAAGGCAGAUUGCCCGAGACGCUUGCUCCUCACAAAACAACCUAAGGAAAUGCUCUGUUAACAAUGUUACUGUUAGUAUGGUUCAAGGCCGAUAG